UCUGUCCGCGGAGAUGACUCGGACGGGCGCACGAUGAAGGCGGGAGCAUAACCCCGGAGGGGGCCCGUCGCCGCCACCCCCUCCCAGCCCGGCUAGGGGAGCCACGUUUAGGAGCUUGAGAAAGAGGGGAGGGGGCUGCCUAUGUGCGCAGGGAGAGCGGGUGGGGGCAGGAGGGGGGCGAGGUGUGCCAGGCGAGGGGUUGGGCUUGGGGUGGGAGCAGAGAGGCGCCCCUACCUUACCUUUUCAUAGCAAGGUCUCGAUUGAGACCCUCUCCACCCCACCUUCGCCCCUUCCCCAAACCGGACUAGGUCUAUUUGCUAAGAGAGAGAGAGAGAGAGAGAGAGAGAGAAAGGGGGGGGGGGGUUCUGGGGGAAGCGCCGCCCAGAAGGGAUGUGUCUCCUCCCCUCCUCUUAAUCCCCCCCAAACCUUGGGGAGAAAGAGGGGGUGACUAUUUUUCCCUCUCCCCUUUUGCGUGGAGGGGAGAGGGGGGGAAGGAAAAAAGAAAAAGAGAGAGAGAGAAUGUCGUGAUUUAAGUGCCCAGCCGGAAUUUCAAGCCCCCUCUCUUCUACCUCGCCGCACCCACUGCGCCUUCGGAUCCAGACCUUCGGAGGGGCCGCCCGGAACGAUGUUUCUCCGGACUUGGGGGGCCGUGCCUGAGAAACAGCUGACGGCGUGGAGGGGGACCCUGGACCAUUCGGCAGAAACGGCCUGUUGUUAAUCCCUUUUGGAAAGAAAAAAAAGGACAACGUUCCCAAGCGAGGGAGGGAAGAAGAAAAAAGGAGAGAGACAGAGAGAGAGAGAGAGUGAGAGAGAGAAGUAACCUUGAGAUCUAGCGGCUUAGGGGGGAAAAAACCGCAAAGAAAACAGCCAUGGGUUGUGCUCCCAGCAUUCAUAUAUCUGACAGCCGGGUGGUUUAUCACAGUAACAAAGAUCCGGAGGACUCCAAUUCGUCCCAGCAAGUCUCUGGAUUAUUCAUUAAAUCUUCCAACACCACCUCGUACAAGUUGAGAACUAACGUAACGAAAAAGGACUCUCGGGAUAACAUGGAGGCAGAAUCGAGGACCAAGAGAUCCAGCGUGAAGGCAGUAGGAACGGAUGUGCAAUUUGGCCCUAUGAGACUCCACCGAGAACAACUUCAGGUACUCUUAGUGUUUGCCAAAGAAGACAACCAGAGCAAUGGGUUCUGCUGGGCUUGUGAAAAAGCAGGCUACCGCUGUAGCAUUGCCAGGACACCUGAAUCUGCCCUUGAGUGUUUUUUGGAUAAACACCAUGAAAUCAUCAUUAUUGAUCACAGGAAUUCGAGAUACUUUGAUGCAGAAACGCUGUGCAGGUCCAUUAGAACAACAAAACCAUCUGAAAACACUGUUAUUAUUGGGGUCGUGCGGAGACAUGCAGAUCGUGAAGAGUUCUCAUUAUUGCCUUUUCUUUCUGCAGGCUUCACAAGGAGAUACGUUGAAAACUCGAACAUCAUGGCUUGUUACAAUGAACUCAUACAGUUGGAAUUUGGAGAAGUACAGGCACAAUUUAAACUAAGGGCUUGUAAUUCGAUAUUUACAGCAUUAGAGAAAAGUCAAGAAGCCACUGAGAUUACAAGUGAAGACCAUGUAAUACAGUAUGUAAAUCCUGCAUUUGAAGCAGUAAUGGGCUAUCAGAAAGGCGAAUUAAUAGGAAAGGAACUAACAGAAGUGCCUACAAAUGAAAAAAAAGCUGAUUUCCUUGACACUAUUAAUUCUUGCAUCAAGUUCGAAAAGGAAUGGCAAGGGACUUACUAUACCAAAAAGAAAAACGGCGAGAGCAUACAACAAAAUGUGAAGAUCAUACCUGUCCUUGGACAGGGAGGAAAAAUUAGACACUAUGUGUCACUUAGUAGACCGUGCAAUGACAACAAUAAGGCGGAAAGAAUCUGCGAAAGAGUGCAGGCUGAGUCCCAGACAGGUAUAAUGUUGCGACUGCACAAAAUUGGUUGUGUAAUAAAUAUUAUCAACGCUGCUCAAGAAAGCAGUCCCAUGCCAGUGGCUGAAGCGUUGGAUAGAGUCCUGGAGAUUCUGAGGACUACUGAGUUGUAUUCUCCACAGCUUGGCACCAAAGAUGAAGAUCCACACACAAAUGACCUUGUCGGUGGCUUGAUGACGGAUGGACUACGAAGAUUAUCAGGGAAUGAAUACCUGUUAUCAGCAAAGCAAACCCAUCAAGUACCGGGCAGUUUGAUCUCACCCAUCUCCCUCAACGACAUCCCACCCAGGAUAGCUCAAGCAAUGGAAAAUGAACAAGACUGGGAUUUUAAUAUUUUUGAGUUGGAGGCUGCUACUCAUAAAAGGCCUUUGGUUUAUCUUGGCCUCAAACUGUUUGCUCGCUUUCGGAUCUGUGAGUUUCUCGGUUGCUCUGAGUCGACGCUGAGGUCUUGGUUGCAAGUCAUAGAAGCCAAUUAUCACUUAUCCAACUCUUACCACAAUUCAACCCACUCGGCAGAUGUGCUCCAUGCCACGGCCUAUUUCCUUUCAAAAGAAAGAGUAAAACAAACCUUGGAUCCCAUUGACGAAGUUGCUGCGUUGAUAGCUGCCACCGUCCACGAUGUGGACCAUCCGGGACGAACCAAUUCUUUCUUGUGCAACGCCGGAAGCGAACUGGCCAUUUUAUAUAAUGACACAGCAGUGUUGGAGAGCCAUCAUGCAGCGCUAGCCUUCCAGAUCACCACCCGGGAUGAUAAAUGCAACAUUUUUAAAAACAUGGAGAGGAAUGAAUACCGAACUCUGCGACAAGCCAUUAUUGACAUGGUCUUGGCCACGGAAAUGACCAAACAUUUUGAGCAUGUCAACAAAUUUGUCAACAGUAUCAACAAGCCGUUGGCUGCCUUGGAAGAGAAUGGGAGUACCAAUGGCGAGGGGGAUCCCAUCAAAAACGUCCUCACGUCUGCUGAGAAUCGAAUCCUGAUCAAACGGAUGCUAAUUAAGUGUGCUGACGUUUCCAACCCUUGCCGUUCGUUGGAACAGUGCAUUGAGUGGGCAGGUCGGAUCUCGGAGGAGUAUUUUGCACAGACCGAUGACGAGAAGAGGCAAGGUUUACCUGUUGUCAUGCCAGUUUUCGACAGGAAUACCUGCAGUAUCCCUAAAUCUCAAAUCUCGUUCAUUGAUUACUUCAUCAUGGAUAUGUUUGAUGCUUGGGAUGCUUUUGCAGAUCUACCAAAUCUGAUGCAACACCUAGACAACAACUUCAAGUAUUGGAAGGGGAUGGAUGACAAGAAGUUGAGGACUCUUCGGGCACCCCCGGAAUAGCUGUCAGACCCACUGAACAUGCCUAUCUUCCAUCAGGAGGCCGGUUCCUUCAAACUUGCCUUUGGUUAUGGAUUUUCAGAUUUGUUUGGUCUCUUCAGUAGGACAGCAAGACCUUUGUGUUCCCGACCACGGGGCGCUUGGACAAUCUGAAGAGCCUCAAGGUCAGAAGAACUCUCUUCUCCCUCGGUCAUCGAGCAAUUGAGGAGGUGGCUGUAUUUUUCAAGCUGAGUUACACUGGAUAGAUGCCUGUAUCAGAGAGAAUUUCAGGGUGAGCCUUAUCGCUUGCAUUACUAGCAUGCGUGGAAGUCAUCUUUGGAGAGAGAGAUCCGUUCCUCAGAAGACCUCAGUGUAUGGUUCUUCAGAGCAGGAAAUGAUGGAGAAAAGAAACGUCCCUCGCCCAUGAGGAUUCAUUACCAUGACGAGGAAUCUUUAGCACUAAAAGAAUAAAAGAAACUGUAACUGCUACAUGGAACAAUCAGACAAUACGGACUCUCUGUGGAGGAGCUUCCUUUUUUUUAUCUUCUCAAAUGGACUUCGCUGUAUUUUUUCACAUUGCUGAAAGCGCGAUGAAAGCAAGUUCUCUUAAGAAUUUAGCCGCCAAUGGAAGCAAACCAACGGAUCCCCCUCCGUUCCCCUUGGCCCUGCAGAUUUUUCCGAAGCUGAUUGUUAGGCACCUCUGAUUAAAAUAUGUUUUAUUUAUUUUGUUAGAUGUCAAAUAUUUUCUACAAAAGUUUAUAAAGACUAUAAAACGCCAAAGCCAACUUCUAGGGGCAUUACGGUUUUUCGUAAUUCCUAACUCAUUAUGCAUUUUUUUCCUUCUCCGAUUGCAACGAGGGCGCGCAGUGAAUCUAACCUUUUGUUAUACAGAGAGGAUGGGUGGCUAUCUCGGUUUUAUAUAUUACAGAUAGCCCUCGACUGAACGGCCAUUUGUUCAGCAACCCUUUGAAUAGGCACUGAAUAGGGGGGAUUACACAACUUUGCUCUUGUGAUUAUGUCUCUGCUGUGGAUAUUAGGCUCUGGCUACUAAGUCCAACCAGUGGCCAGUAAAUCUUUUGCCAGUACUCUGCAUCUUCAUGUGAUCUUCCGGUGAAAUGAAUUUCUCAGCCCCUUCUUUAAAGAAAAGAAAAAAAUUCUUGGAGAAUUCCCGGCCCCUCUUGUAGAAUGUACAACAUGUUGUAUAUCAGGGCUGUCAAACUCGCGGCCCGCGGGCUGGAUGCUUCACGGGCUGGCCACGCCCAUACCU